AGAUAGAGAAGGGUGGCGCACGUUAGCCUCUCCGGGAGCCCGGGAUUUCGUUCCCCCCCAACUCUCCAUUGUCUCUUUCCCUUUUCUUUAUUCGGUUUUUUUGGCGGAGCUCUCGAUCUCUUCCUCGCGGCGGAGAUCCCCAACCCUCCUCGAUCACAUCCCCCAUUCCCUCUGCGAGCUUCACCAAUCCCUUCUCCUCUCCCAUCCGAGCCGAACGACCCCAGAUUCGAGCGGAAUGGCCGCGCAUUGAGCAUCUCUCGCCGGUUCUUGGAGGCGCGGUGCCCCUUCCAUCGCCAUUGCCGCAUCCGCGAAGGUCCCCCCCGUUUUGAAUCGAUCUCGAGGCUUCUCUUGCUGCAUCUUGUGUGAUUGAAGGAGUUUCAGUACGAUUGCCAGGUCUUAGGGUUUCUGUCGAGGGGUUUGAGCUGUUGUGGAGAUCCGGAGCUGCUUUGAUGAGUGGGGAUUUCUAAUAUUCGUGGAGAAAUUUGGCUUGGGAAGGGAGGUGGGAACAAUUUUGCUUCAGAGGAUUAUUCCAUUCCUUGCUUGAUUAUCUGAUUCCGGGGUUAAAGAUUCCAACAUUGGAAUCUGCUAUCCGUUGCGUUGUUCUUUUCUCGGUUUCCAUUGUUGAGAAAUAUAGUUUGAAGUGAAUCAGUGGCUAAACUGCUGUUAGUAUUUCGGUAGCUUGGGGCCGGGGAAUGGGGAUUUCCUUCCUCUUGUUGUGCUGAUGACAUAAAUGAAUAAUCUGGACUUGGCUUCGGUGGAUUUUAGCACUCUGUGAAUUCUUUUAUGGGGCAGGCUUGGACAUUUUCUCGAAGAGGAGAUCAUUCUUUCCGUUGUUCAGAUGAGGUUUGCUCUUUGUGCAUGCAGUACCUGACAUCGGAGCGUGGAUGGCAGACUCUCUGAGGAAUGGUCCCGUCGAGAGGGAUGUCGAGCAGGCAAUUACAGCCCUAAAGAAAGGUGCUUAUCUACUGAAGUAUGGGCGCAGAGGGAAGCCAAAGUUUUGUCCUUUCAGGCUUGCUAAUGAUGAGUCUGUACUGAUCUGGUAUUCUGGAAAAGACGAGAAACAGCUUAAACUUAGUCAGGUUUCCAAAAUCAUACCUGGACAGCGUACUGCAAUAUUUCAGCGAUAUCCACGGCCUGAUAAAGAAUAUCAAUCAUUUUCUCUUAUAUACAAUGACCGAUCAUUAGAUUUGAUAUGCAAGGACAAGGAUGAAGCUGAAGUCUGGUUUGUUGGUUUGAAGGCAUUGAUUUCUCGUGGAAAUUGUCGAAAGUUGAGAUUAGACUCAAAAAGUGACAGAGCUUCAUCUGAUAGUCCAAAUUCAAACACUCAAAAAAACUCUCCAUUGACAUCACCCUUUUGUAAUAGUGACAUCUUUCAUAAGGAUUCUGGAGAUGCCCAACAAGUCCACAUUCCAUAUGAGAGCCAUCCAGUUAAUGGUUUUGGAAAGGUACUUUCUGAUGUAGUACUAUACACUGCACCAGCCAAGAGUUCGUUUCAUUCAGAUUCAAUAAAUAAUUCUCUCAGCUCAUUCUCAUCUGGAGGAGCAGACAAUUCAAAUGGGUGGGGCUCUGCAUCUGAUAGUAUCAGAGUUAGUUUAUCUAGUGCAGUAAGCUCAUCCAGUCAUGGAUCAGUUCAUGAGGAUUUUGAUGCAUUGGGUGAUGUUUUCAUUUGGGGAGAAGGCAUAGGUGAUGGGGUGCUUGGUGGUGGUUUGCAUAGGGUUGGAAGUCCGUCUGCCACCAAGAUUGAUGCACCUUUGCCCAAAGCACUGGAAUCAGCAGUAGUGCUUGAUGUUCACAAUAUAGCUUGUGGGGGUAGGCAUGCUGUUUUGGUUACCAAACAAGGGGAGAUCUUUAGCUGGGGUGAAGAGUCAGGAGGCAGGCUUGGGCAUGGAGUAGAUGCUGAUGUUUCCCAACCAAAGCUUAUUGAUGCUCUGGGUGGUGUGAAUGUUGAACUGGUAGCAUGUGGAGAAUAUCAUACAUGUGCUGUAACUUUAUCUGGGGAUCUCUACACAUGGGGUGAUGGCACUUACAGCUCUGGCUUACUUGGGCAUGGGAGUGAGGCUAGUCACUGGAUUCCUAAGAAAGUAAGUGGUCAACUAGAUGGUCUGCAUGUGUCAUCUGUAUCUUGUGGACCUUGGCAUACAGCUGUUGUAACUUCAGCAGGCCAGUUAUUCACGUUUGGAGAUGGAAUAUUUGGUGCUCUAGGCCAUGGAGAUCGUAGAAGCAUAAAUAUACCAAGAGAAGUUGAAGCUUUGAAAGGACUGCGUACUGUUCGGGCAGCUUGUGGUGUUUGGCACACUGCAGCAAUUGUGGAAAUUACAGAUAGGUCUUCUGAUUCUGGUAGCUCUCCAUCAGGAAAACUAUUUACAUGGGGUGAUGGGGAUAAAGGUCGACUUGGACAUGGUGAUAGAGAACCUAGACUUGUUCCAGCAUAUGUAGCAUCUCUUUCUGAGCCAAGCUUUUGUCAGGUGGCCUGUGGCAAUGACAUUACUAUUGCUCUAACAACUGCUGGACGAGUGUAUACAAUGGGGAGUACUGUUUAUGGACAGCUUGGUAAUACUGAGGCUGAUGGAAAAGUUCCCACUUGUGUUGAAGGAAAGAUUCAGAAUAGUUUCGUUGAAGAGAUAGCAUGUGGUUCUUAUCAUGUUGCAGUUUUGACAUCUAGAACAGAAGUUUAUACGUGGGGCAAGGGAGCAAAUGGUCGACUAGGCCAUGGUGAUAAUGAUGACCGAAAUACUCCGACACUUGUUGAAGCUUUAAAAGAUAAGCAAGUAAAGAGUGUUGUGUGUGGUUCAAGUUUUACUGCUGUAAUCUGUCUUCAUAAAUGGGUGUCCGGUGCGGAUCAAUCCAUAUGCUCUGGUUGUCGUCUCCCAUUUGGUUUUAGAAGAAAACGUCAUAAUUGUUACAACUGUGGUUUGGUCUUUUGCAAAGCAUGCAGCGGCAGAAAAUCUGUAAAAGCUUCUUUAGCACCCAAUAUGAACAAGCCAUAUCGUGUAUGUGAUGAAUGUUAUAUGAAACUUAAGAAGACCAUAGGUGAAGGAAUGGUUCCACGAUUUCCAAAAAAUCAAAAUGGAAGUAUAAGUCAUGUGGCCACUGAAGUGGCUGAAAAGGAUGGUCUAGAUCAUAAGCUACAAGGACAGUUCUCCAGGCUUUCUUCUGUUGAUUCCUUCAAAGGUGAAAACAGACUUUCCAAGCUGAACUGGAAAUCUGAAACAAACAAUAGCCAAUUUCCUUCAACAUAUCAAAGGGUUUCAAUGUUUCAAUGGGGAAACUUUAAGCCAUCAAGUAACUUGAAUUCUUCAAACAUCUUGUUUGGAUCAUCCAAGAAAAUAUUUUCUGCUUCUGUUCCGGGUUCAAGAGUAGCUUCUCGUUCAUCAUCUCCAGUAUCAUGUAGGCCAAGUCCACCCCAUUCAACUAUUACACCAGCUGUUACUGAUCUUUCCUCCCCUGAUGCAUUUUCUGAUGACUCAAAGCAGACCUAUGAAAAUCUAAGUCAAGAAGUUGUUAGAUUGCGUUUACAGGUGGAGGAGCUAACUAGUAAAUCUCAAGUUCUAGAAGCAGAACUGGAGAAAACAAUGAGACAGUUGAGAGAGGCCACAACAGUGGCAAGUGAAGAAACUACGAAGUGCAAGGCUGCAAAGGAAGUAAUCAAGUCCCUCACUGCACAGCUGAAGGAUAUGGCUGAAAGAGUACCUGAGGGGCAUAUGAUUAACAUGUAUGGAUCCAGUCAUGUGUCUGAUUCAUUAGGACUUUCUUCCACUGAGAAUAUUAGAAGCAACUUUUUAGCUUCUCAGGCUCCAGAGUCUAUUGGGGACUCUAGCAAUCUAGAGUCAUGCAACGGAAACAGGACGUCACCAGAAGAGGCAGAAUGGGUUGAACAGGCUGAACCAGGAGUUUACAUUACUGUGUCCUCCUUGCCUGGAGGUGAUAAGUAUCUCAAACGGGUGCGCUUUAGUCGGAAAAGAUUCAGUGAGCAACAAGCAGAAAAGUGGUGGGCUGAAAACAGAUCACGGCUUCAGGAGAAAUACACAAUUGUGACUGCAGAAAGUUCUACAUCUGGCCCUGCUUCAGUGUCUGACAGAAAGGAUGACUUGAUAGGCUGAGUACUGAAUUACUGAUGUAUAUAGUCGCUCCUUCCACCGGUGAAUGUAAAUUUUUCUUUUUUUUCCUCAACUGGUGGAUGCUGCAUGCACCUCGUUGGCUUGUUAUAUCAGAAUGCAGCAGCAUGAGUGGAGAGGGGAUGUAUCUGCACAAGCUGAGGCAUAUGAAUUUCCUCUUCGAGCUUGUGCUCUUGCCUUAUCCUUUUCUUUGGACUACAAAAUGACAGGCUUGCAUGCUCUUUUGGUCAUGCCAUAUCAUUUUUCUGUGCCCAUCAUUUUUUUUUAACAUCAUUUUCAUGCCUUUUGUCUUCAGUUGCUGAUUGUACUAGGAUUUCUUAAACUCAUUAAAUUUAGAAAUUUCCUGUAGCUGAUGGUGCUAUUCUUUGUUCCA